GGUGUGAAGGUUGGUGACCAGUUUAAAUGUCCUCUCCGUCUCUCUCUCGCUCUCCCUGAGGAACAAGAAGAUUCAACAAAGCUCAAAGAUUGUGUGUUGGGGUGCUAUAAAAACCCAAAAAAGGAACAAACAGAAAAAAUAAACGUAGGGGUGAUAGAGAAAGUGAAGAAUGGAUAGUUUGUGUUUGAAGACGUCAGGGAUUCAUGGGGCUCUGGGCUCGUCGAUCUCCGUGACUGGGGGUCUGGAGGCCCGAACGACGCCGUCCCAGGUGAGCGCGGUGGGGCGGUCCGCGGGGGAGAAGAAGACGGCGCCAUUUUCGAGGUUGAGAUCUCUUUGGCUUAACAAUAAAGGUGGAGGUGGUGGUGGGAGCGGAAGGUACAAUGGGUUGGCCGUGGACGACGCCGUUUUGGCGGGGAAUGACGGGAUGGUGGGUGUGGAGGAGGAGAGGGAGCGAAGCGAGAACUGGGUGUUGAAGAUUUUGCAGGUGAGGUCGCUGUGGAGGGAGAGAGGCGCUGGUAUUGUGGAGGAAGGGAAGGAGGAAGAGGGUGGUGAUGUGGGGAUUGAUGAGAGAUUUGUUGGUGAGGAAGAGUGCGAGGUUUGUAGAGUUGAUGAUGAUGGUGAAGAAGAGAAGGUUGAGUUUGAUAGAGACUCAUUUUCGAGAUUGCUGAGGAGGGUGUCGUUGGCCGAGGCCAGGUUGUAUGCUCAAAUGUCGUAUUUGGGGAACUUGGCCUAUUCUAUUCCCAAUAUCAAGCCAGGAAAUCUCCUGAAAUAUCAUGGUUUGCGAUUGGUAACUUCGUCGAUAGAGAAGAAGGAAUUGGCUGCAAAAGCUGAGAAAAAUCAGUUGUCAGCUGAAACUCCAGAAGCAGAAAGGGAUGCAGAGGACGAGGUGGAAGUCAAGGAGCUGAAGAAUGAAGGAUAUCGAAUAAGUGCAUCUGUUGCAUACCAAAUUGCUGCCUCUGCUGCUUCGUAUCUACAUUCUCAUACAAGGAGCAUACUUCCAUUCAAAUCCUCAAAAACCAUGGCUGGUGAACAUUCACCUGAAGGAAGUAGUGGAACUGAUGACGAUUCUAAUAUGAUGAACUCAGAGAUGGCUUCUUUCAUGGCAACUACAGACUCGGUGACAGCUGUGGUUGCUGCAAAGGAGGAAGUGAAGCAGGCUGUUGCUGAUGGUUUGAACUCAACACGUUCAUCACCCUGUGAAUGGUUCGUAUGUGAUGAUGAUCAGAGUGAUGCACGAUUCUUUGUCAUUCAGGGGUCAGAAUCACUAUCUUCAUGGCAAGCAAAUUUACUCUUUGAACCUGUCAAAUUUGAGGGACUAGAUGUGCUUGUGCACAGAGGUAUUUAUGAGGCUGCAAAAGGGAUCUAUCAACAGAUGUUGCCCGAAGUGCGCGCACACCUAAAAUCUCGUGGAAACAAAGCAACCUUCCGUUUCACUGGCCAUUCUCUCGGGGGAAGCUUGGCUCUACUUGUGAAUCUCAUGUUGCUGAUACGGCAUGAAGUGCCAAUUUCUUCCUUACUUCCUGUUAUAACAUUUGGUUCACCAUCUAUCAUGUGUGGAGGUGACUGUCUCCUCCGUAAGCUUGGACUGCCUCAGAAUCAUGUUCAGGCAAUCACAAUGCACAGAGACAUUGUUCCCCGGGCCUUCUCUUGCAAUUAUCCGAAUCACGUUGCGGAGAUUCUCAAGGCUGUCAAUAGGAACUUCCGCAAUCAUCCUUGUCUCAAUAACCAGAAACUACUUUAUGCUCCAAUAGGUGAGCUUCUCAUUCUGCAGCCGGAUGAGAAAUUCUCUCCUAGCCAUAAGCUCCUUCCUUCAGGCAGUGGUCUAUAUCUUUUAAGCGGCUCAUUGUCAGAUACCAAUGAUGCAGAGAAGCAGCUUCGGGCUGCCCAAUUGGUGUUCCUUAACUCACCACACCCCCUUGAGAUCCUAAGUGACCGCUCUGCGUAUGGUUCCGAAGGAGCCAUCCAAAGAGAUCAUGACAUGAAUUCUUACAUGAAAUCUGUCAGGGGCGUGAUUCGCCAAGAGCUUAACCGCGUCAGGAAGGCCAGGAGAGAGCAGCGCCGCAAAGUUUGGUGGCCCCUUGUGGCACCGCGGGGCAUCAAUGCCGGUAUAGUUGUGGGGAGGUCCAUGAUAUCAAUCAACAUUAGCCAAGAUCAGUUCAACUUCUCUGGCAUCUUACAAACAGGGAGAGAGUCUUUGAAAAGGUUCAGUAGGCUGGUCGCAUCACAGCACAUGCAGUUGUUUUUGGUGCUCUUGUUCCCAGCUCGAUUGUUACUCUUAGGGGCAUACGGCAUGAUCAAUAUUCGUUGACCAGUCUAUCAUGAUUGGCGCACAUGAUUUCAUACCUUUUUGUUGGGAAUACUCAUAGUUGUACAGGUGGAGGGCAAUUGUUGGCAUGAUGGUUAGAUGAUUCUUUAUUCGUUAGGUUCCAAAAUUAGAAGAAAUUCAGGAUGCCCUUUUAUAGCUGGCAAAUACCCAAAUGGGCCAAAUGGUAUGUAAAGAAACAAUUAAUAUGAUUCAUUUACAAACGCAAUUACACAAUUAGUGGUGCGAUUAUGGUCAGAAAGACAAAGUUUUCCUUAAAAUUGGAUUAGAGAAAAUUCAUGUACUUAAUUAUAUUAAACUGUCAUUUGUCCUUAAAUUAUGUUAUGCAUUUUUAAUA